AGAAAUGAAGCGAUGUGGAUGAUCAGUGGACACAACUCAACUUCUAUAUUGCAAGUUUGCGACACGGAUAUUUUCUCCGAAGUGAAAUGUUUUCGUAGUCCUGCUCUCAACCCUCCAGCAUACCCAGGACGCGACGAUGGCCAUACUUAACUACAUAUCAGCAACCUCAACAUCUCCUCCAGCUCGCCAAGAUCCUUCAGCAACUCCCUCACAGCCAAUACCAAAUCCAAGACAGACAAAGAUUAUUUUACCCAAGCAGAAGCCGUUGAAUGGGUCCGUAACUGUGGCUCCGGGGGACUCUGGUGGCACACCAACCAUCUCCAAGGCCCGCAGGUGGUGGGGAAAAGAUGAGGACCCCUUAACAUCUGAUGAGUUCAUUUGGAACAGGGACUUCAUGGAUAGAAUGAAGAAGCUUGUUGAAGACCCUGAUUCGUCGAAGUUGUCUCCUGAACCCUCCAUUGUUGAGGAACUUGAAGAGCCUGGUUUUCUGAGCUUAAACAGAGUUAUGCGCCUUGACAGUUUAGAAGUGGAUUUGAGCAAAGAACUCACUUCACCCUCAAAGCUCGUUUUAGAGCAGUCCAUUGGUGUUGCUACUCAAACCCGUGGGACUAUGUCUCAGAAAUGGAAAUCUGUACCGAUACAGGGUGAGAAGGAAAAGUGGGAUAGAGCAAGUAUGGCUUCAACUGGUGGGACUAAUGCGAUGUUAUGGGAAAUUAGCCAACCUAAAGGAGACCCUGAAGAGUUGGCUGCCCAAUCAAGAGAGCAGUACUUUAAGUUAAAAAAGAAGUUGCAAAUUUUAACACUCGGUAUAGGUGGUGCUGGUUUGGUCUCAGCUUAUGUUUCAUACUCCCCUGAAGUUGCAGCAAGCUUUGGUGCCGGGCUGCUUGGUUCUUUGGUGUAUAUGCGUAUGCUGGGCAAUAGUGUGGAUGCCAUAGCAAAUAAAAAAAAGCGUCUUAUGAGGGGAGGAAUUGCACAACCAAGACUCCUAGUCCCUGUUCUUUUGGUCAUGGUCUUCAACCGUUGGAAUGAGAUUCUUGUUCCACAAUACGGUCUUCUGCACUUGGAAUUGAUUCCAAUGUUGGUUGGAUUUUUUACAUACAAAAUUGCCACUUUCCUUCAAGCUGUAGAGGAGGCCAUUGCUAUAGUUGGGAGAAAAACCCAGGUUUAACAGGAAAUUCUAUGCAAGCAUAAGAGGGAUCCUGAAUAGCUCCAUCUCUUGCAGCUCCCACAGGGCUAUCUGAAGGGAAUAAAAGUACUGGAGGCAGACAUCUUUGUAGAAAAUUGCUGCAUUUUCUUGUGAUGUGCGAUGGCACUGCUUCCUCAUAUGAAAAGAAUUUCAUCUGAGUAUAAAUUUUCUUAUAUCUCUUUGACCGUUUGGUACAAUGAACAUAGGUUUACAAAACCUAAACGACUUGAAGAUUUGUGAUUCAGAUAUUUGGAAAGAUAUGUAAAUCUCUUAUAAAUGCAUAGCUUAUUGUAGGUAUUUUGUGUUGUAUUUUCGGAAGAUAAGUGUGUGGUAUAUUCAAAAGCUCAUCAACUUGAAGAUUUGUUAUUCAAAUUUUUUUGUAUCUCUUUAACAUAAAUCCCUGUUUUGAAA